AUGAAGCUGAUUAUUAACAAGAUGAUCAUCCGAGGUAUCGCAGCAGUAUAUGGCUUGCAGAAUGAAGGACCACUAAAUCAAUCGUUAAGUUCCGUAAUCACACAAGAAAAUCGUCGUAUUGCCCCAUUCGAAUUAAAAGAUCCAAAGCAAAUCAGUGUCCGGAAGAUCUUAGUCUUCUUUUUUCUUGUGGAUCCAUCCCUUCGAAAUAUAUCGAAUACAUAUGUUCUGUUCCAACAGAGUGAAUGGUACUACGAUGUCAUACAUAAUAUGAGUCCUUUUAAGGAAUUACCUGCGUUAUUUAUCGAGAGAAUUUUGCAUUAUGUUCAAUUUUCAGGGAAAUGGGAUGAAGCGAAAGAACGCCGCGAAAAACUAAUGGCUGAAAGAAAAUAUUUCAUUUGA